CACCACCUGGGCGGAGCGGGGCCGACGCUGACGUCAUCAUCCGGCCCCUGCCAACAUGGAAGGUGGAGACAGCGGCGUCGCUGUUGCUGGCCCUGGAGCUGUGGUCUCUGGGGCGGCUGCAGCGACAGUCCGGGAGCUUCUGCAGGACGACUGUUAUAGUGAUUUUUUAAAUGAAGACUUUGAUGUGAAGAGUUACACUUCCCAAUCUAUUCAUCAAGCUGUAAUUGCUGAACAACUAGCAAAACUUGCCCAAGGAAUUAGUCAGUUGGAUAAAGAACUACACCUACAGGUUGUUGCAAGACAUGAAGAUUUACUGGCACAGGCAACUGGUAUUGAGUCUUUGGAAGGUGUUCUUCAGAUGAUGCAGACAAGAAUUGGGGCUUUACAGGGAGCUGUUGAUAGGAUGAAAGCAAAAAUUGUUGAGCCAUAUAAUAAAAUAGUAUCCCGUACUGCACAACUAGCAAGACUUCAGGUUGCCUGUGAUUUGCUUCGGAGAAUAAUUCGCAUCUUGCAUCUCAGUAAGAGACUCCAGGGACAACUACAGGGGGGAAGCAGAGAGAUAACAAAAGCCGCUCAGAGUCUCAAUGAACUUGAUUAUCUUUCUCAAGGAAUAGAUCUUUCUGGAAUAAAAGUAAUAGAAAAUGAGCUACUUUUUAUUGCAAGAGCUCGACUUGAAGUAGAAAAUCAAGCUAAGCGCCUCCUGGAGCAGGGUGUGGAAACUCAGAAUCCAACCCAAGUCGGAACAGCUCUUCAGGUUUUCCAUAAUCUUGGAACUUUGAAGGAUACUAUUACCAAUGUCGUGGAUGGAUAUUGUGCUACUGUAGAAGAAAAUAUCAGCAGUGCAUUAGACAUCAAAGUUUUGACUCAGCCCUCCCAGUCAGCUGUCAGAGGGGGACCUGGACGAUCUACCAUGCCAACCCCAGGAAAUACUGCAACUUUUCGUGCUUCCCUCUGGACCAAUAUGGAGAAACUUGUGGAUCAUAUUUUUACUGUUUGUGGACAGGUACAACAUCUACAAAAAAUAUUAGCCAAGAAGAGAGAUCCUGUUUCUCAUAUCUGUUUCAUUGAAGAAAUAGUUAAGGAUGGACAAUCUGAAAUCUUAUACAGAUUUUGGAAUUCAGUUACUCAAGCACUUUCUUCUCAGUUUUGUAUGGCAACAAACUCAUCUAUGUUUUUGAAACAGGCAUUUGAAGGAGAAUACCCUAAAUUAUUGCGACUUUAUAAUGACUUAUGGAAGCGUCUUCAUCAGUACAACCAAAAUAUUCAAGGAACGUUUAAUGCAAGCGGAACUAUAGACCUGUAUGUUGACCUACAACACAUGGAAGAUGAUACACAAGACAUAUUCAUACCAAAAAAGCCAGAUUAUGAUCCAGAAAAGGCUUUGAAAGACUCACUGCAACCCUAUGAAGCUGCAUAUCUAUCAAAAUCCUUAUCUCGACUCUUUGAUCCUAUAAAUUUGGUUUUCCCCCCUGGUGGUCGUAAUCCUCCUUCUGCAGAUGAACUUGAAGGCAUCAUUAAAACUAUAGCAAGUGAACUGAAUGUAGCUGCUGUUGAUACAAGCCUCACAUUAGCUGUGUCAAAAAACGUGGCAAAGACCAUCCAGUUAUAUGGUGUAAAAUCAGAGCAGCUUCUCUCCACACAAGGAGAUGCGAGUCAGGUGAUUGGGCCUCUCACUGAAGGGCAGAGAAGAAAUGUGGCAGUAGUGAAUUCACUGUAUAAGUUGCACCAGUCAGUAACAAAGGUGGUUUCCAGUCAGAGUUCAUUCCCACCAGCAGCUGAGCAAACUAUAAUUUCAGCCUUAAAGACGAUCCACAUUCUAAUGGAAAAUGCUGUGCAGCCCUUACUGACUUCGGUGGGAGAUGCUAUAGAAGCCAUAAUCAUCACCAUGCAUCAAGAAGAUUUAUCUGGUUCAUUAUCCCCUUCAGGAAAGCCUGAUGUUCCUUGUUCUCUGUACAUGAAGGAGCUUCAAGGUUUCAUUGCCAGAGUUAUGAGUGACUACUUUAAACACUUUGAAUGCUUGGAUUUUGUGUUUGAUAACACCGAAGCUAUUGCUCGAAGAGCAAUUGAACUUUUUAUUCGCAAUGCCAGUCUCAUAAGACCUCUUGGUGAAGGAGGGAAAGUACGACUUGCUGCUGAUUUUGCACAGAUGGAGUUGGCAGUGGGUCCAUUCUGCAGAAGAGUGUCUGAUUUAGGAAAGUCCUAUCGAAUGCUGAGAUCAUUCAGACCUCUGCUCUUCCAGACAAACGAACACGUGGCCAGCAGCCCCGCCCUGGGAGACGUGAUUCCGUUCAGCCUGGUUAUUCAGUUUCUGUUCACCAGAGCACCUGCUGAGCUGAAAUCCCCCUUUCAGAGGGCAGAAUGGUCCCACGCACGCUUCUCCCAGUGGUUGGAUGACCAUCCAUCCGAAAAGGACAGGCUCCUCCUCCUCAGGGGAGCCCUGGAAGCUUAUGUUCAAUCAGUAAGAAGUAGAGAAGGCAAAGAAUUUGCACCGGUUUAUCCCAUCAUGAUUCAGCUGCUUCAGAAAGCAAUGUCUGCUCUUCAGUAGUAAAGUGAAGGAUUUCCUAAUCUCCAUUCUGGCCAACCCAUUCAGUUGGCAGUAAGCUGAGUAACAUUCUCAAGCACAGCUACCGACUAUCCACUAUUCUAAGAAUGUGACGGUCUUCUCUGUCAAUUUCCGGUUGAUCUUCCUGUUUACCUUUUUAGCUUUUCUACCUUCAGUCGUAUGUAAUACCAAGUAGACUACCAUUAUCACCACCUUCAAACUCCAUGGACCUGAUUUCUCCAGAAAAGACAUACCAUUCUUUUCUCUUUCAGGCUUUUCUACAAGGUUGAAAUUUCUUUCCCAUCACAUGAGUCCCCUGUAGGUACAGACACAUAUUAAGUACCACUGCUUUUUAAGGAAUAUGAUCAAGCUAUAUAAUAAACACCCCGUUUCCCCCAACCAACCUCCUUCCUUGCCUAGAGUAUGUAGUCCACUGGUUUCUAAACUUAGUUGCACAUUAUUAGAAUCAUCGGUGGAAGCUUUAAAAUUCGUGAUGCCCAAUUUGCAUUCCACAUUAACACUUGGGUGGGGGUGGGAAGCAGGCAUCAGGAUUUUUUUAAACACAUCCCCAGCGUUUCCAGUGGGCAGCAAAGUUUAGCAACCACUGGCAUAUCCCAAAGCUAAGAUGUAAGGUUAAAUGUUUUAGUAUGUCAUACUGACUAAUAAAGGUAGAGCAAGGCUGUCUUUAAACUUGGUGUGUCAUUUUAUUGACUUUUGGGACUCUCUUUGUAACAGAUGCCAGUAAAAAUUUUUACUCUAUAAAGAUUCUUCUAAUA